CGGCGGCGGCGGCGGCGGCGGCGGCGGCCGCAACGGUGGUGAGUGGCGGUUGCGGGGCGGGGCUGGGAGGCGGUGCCCGCUCGUCGCGCCGCUGUCCGGGCCGGGUUCGAGGGGAGCGGCGAAGCGAGAGGGGCGGUGCCGGGCCCGGAGGCUCUUCGGAAUCGGCCUCCGCGCUGCCUCUGUGCUGCCGCUGCUGUUGGGGUGUGCCGGCCCGCCUUGGGGCGGGAUCUCUCCGCGCCGCCCUGCCCUGCCGCACGUCUACGGAGCCUCGGCCUCGCAGUCGCCGAAGCCCCGGGGCGGGUCGGAGGUGAGCUGCACAGCGAAAGAGUACUGGACUUGACAAUAGGAAGAAUCAGAAUAAAACGUAAGAGCCAUGGCAGCACACUGGAGGAGAGUCCUGAUAGUAUUUGUGGCAGCUCGAGUACUAUGUUUGGUAAAUGCCUUUGAGGAAGAGGAUGUACCUGAAGAAUGGAUUCUUCUUCAUGUUGUUCAAGGCCAGAUUGGAGCAGGAAACUACAGCUACUUGAGACUAAAUCAUGAGGGAAAGAUAGUACUUCAGAUGCAGAGUUUAAAAGGUGAUGCGGAUUUGUAUGUAUCCGAUAUGACUCUUCACCCCAGCUUUGACGAGUACGAGUUACAGUCUGUUACUUGUGGCCAAGACGUUGUCCACGUACCAGCACACUUCCGCCGACCAGUGGGAAUAGGGAUUUAUGGGCAUCCCUCCCACCAGGAGAGUGAGUUUGAAAUGAAAGUCUACUAUGAUCGAACAGUCGUACAGUAUCCAUUUGGCGAGGCUUCCUACAAUCCAGAGGAGAUGGAGGCAAGCCAGAAAUACUCGCACUCUACAGAAGAUGAAUCUCAGGAUGAAGAGUCUGUUUUCUGGACUAUACUUAUUGGAAUCUUGAAGUUAAUACUUGAAAUUCUUUUUUAAAUUGAUACGUGAUGGACUAAAUCACAUUUCAGUUUGUGAAAUUGAACAUGAAUAACUUUCUAUAAUAUUUAAUACUCUUUAUUGUUUCCUGAAGAAGUAUUCAGUUUGAUUUUCGUAAAUCAGAAGGAAAGUGGUGGGGAGGAAAAAAGCCAUAUUUAAUUUUAUAUUGUAAGUUUUUUUUCCCCUAAAAGUAAAAGGAGCAGCAACUGUGCUAUUUGCAGUAUUCUUCAGAGAUCAGGGCUUAAAAAUGAAUGUAGAGCUGGGGAUCCCUAAACAGGUGCUUAGGAAAAAUUAACUCUUAAUGAUUUUCUGUCAUUAGUUUCUUGAUAAAGACUGAAAUACAAACUGCUGCUCUGUAGUGCGCCCUCAAUUUGGAGCAUAUUUAAAAAUAAAUCCUGCUCUUCUGACAGGUUACCUUCAGUUUAACUAACAAGCAAUGGCUUUGAAGCGUACUGAAGUUGAGGGAUGUAGGGUGAAGGAAGAAAAAAACAGCCGAAUAAGGGGAUAGAGGGGCUAUAAUUUGACUGCUUGUGCUGUACAUCAGUCAUCUGUAAGCAGAGGCCUGUCCAGUCACUCACCACCUCUGUAAAUCCAUGACCUGAAUCAAGUGCAUGUUACUUCAAUGUUACAGUAGGGAGGGAAAGCCUUCAGCUGUUGUUACUUGUCAGUAGAACAUUCUCAUUCUUCAUUAAAAGCAAUGCAGUAUAUAGUACCUUAAGCCUGAGAGGUAUUUUCUUACAUCUCCCUUCUAUAGCUUUUUGAGAUUGAUUUUUUUUUUUUUUUUAAUGUUU